GCUGAUCCAUCUAUCUUUGACAAGUUAAAGUUCCUCGUAAGGCAUCAACUUCUCCAUGAAAUGGAAUUACUGCCAAAGCUUAGAGUCAUCGACACAUUGCAACGGCUCGGUGUUGCCUACCAUUUCGACGAGGAGAUCCGCGCCGUACUCAACUCUGUCACAAUGGAGGGACAAGACGUCGAUCGCAUGGACGAUGCUCAUCUCAUGACCUUACUCUUCAGAUUGCUUAGGCAGAACAAGUCUCCCACUUCUCCAGAACUGCUAUUGCGAAGGCUGAAGGACGGAAAGGGUGGCUUCAAGAAAUCACUUCGGGAGGACACACAGGGUCUUCUUUCCCUGUACGAGGCUUCACAUCUUGCAUUUGGAGGCGAAGAUAUCCUUGACGAAGCAAGGGUAUUUUCAACCGAGGCUCUAAGAGAGCGCAUGCCGUUAAUGCGUCCUCAUCUAAGGAGCUCUGUGGAUAAUGCUUUGGCCGUUCCUCUGCACUGGGCGGCCCCAAGAUUGCAAGCAAGAUGGUUCAUCGGCCACUAUGCUGGAGAUGGUGGAGCAGAUCAAGUGAUGCUUCGAUUCGCCAAGAUUGACUUCAACAAUGUGAAAAAAUUACACCAGCAAGAACUUGCGAGGAUAACACGCUGGUGGAGGAAUGCUGGUCUGAACAAAAAAUUACCAUUUGCGAGGGAUCGUUUGAUGGAAUGCUUCUAUUUUGCAACCGGUGUCGCUUCAGAACCUAGUCUUGCAGCAAGCCGAGAAGUGGUCGCUAAAGCAUUUGCUCUAAUUGUGGUCUUAGAUGAUAUCUACGAUAUCUAUGGAACAUUAGAUGAACUUGCAGUGUUCACCGAUGCCAUUGAAAGAUGGGAGGCCACUGCAACCGAACUACUACCCGAGUACAUGAAAGGAAUCUACCUCACUAUCUUCAACUUCUCAAACGAGGUGGCUGAGCACGUUCAAAGGACUUGUGGAUGUGAUGUACGGUUCCUCCUUAAGAAAGUGUGGCAUGACCUUUGCAAGGCGUUUCUAUUGGAAGCAAAAUGGCAUUAUUACAGUAAUCACAAGCCAACCCUCCAAGAAUAUUUGGACAAUGGAUGGAUGUCGGUCUCUGGACCGCUGAUGUUGCUCCAUGCUUUUCCCAUGCUCAACGAGGCCAUCACUCAAAAUUCCAUAGAACAACUUGAAAGCCAUUAUCCGAAACUGGUACAGAUGGUGUCCAAGAUAUUCCGACUUUGCAACGACUCGGCAACACAUUCUGAAGAGUUGAAGAGAGGAGAUGCGCCAUCUUCUGUAGCAAUUUACAUGUUUGAGAACAGAGCCAUGGAGACUAACGCUCGCAGAGCCAUGAGAGACCUGACCAUGGAGACCUGGAAAAUAGUCAAUCAGGAUGUUUACGACAAAUGCCAGUAUCCUCCCUCCUUUGCAAAUGCUUGUGUGAAUAUGGCGCGCAUCUCCCACUGCAUCUACCAAGGUGGCGAUGGUCUUGGUGCACCAGAUGAUGGGAAAAGGAUGGAAAUUAGCGAACUGUUCUUGGAGCCUUUAAAAGCAGCUCCUGACGGCGGACGACAUUAAGGUGCAUCGGUGUAGAAAAGCUCAUUUCAACUCAAUAAACCACAUGUAUUCCAGCCAUUUAUUUCUUAUAUCGUGUAAUCACUGUAGUCUCAUGUCUCUAUCAAAUCCAUCCUGAUUAUGUCA